AUGCGUACUCAGGUCAACAAGUGCAAAGCGAAGGUUGAGAAACAAGGCAGGCUGGUUGCAGCAACAACGCAGAAGGUCAAGACAGCGCAAGAUAAAUUCCAAGAUCUGCGGCAAAAGGCCACUUACGAUCCCAUCUACGGCGUGCGGGUGGACAGGGCACAGCAGUACUUCCAGGUCAAGACACAGGUGCAGGACAACAUCGGCGCACUCCAGGCCGAUCUCAGCAACAAAUACCUCACAGUCGAACAGUCCAGGUGA